AUGCUCCCGAUCGGAGAGGUUUCAAAUAUGGACCUACUAGACAUCGGAGAGGCUUUACAAGAAUCUGAACAGGUACUAAGAGAAUGCUUCACAAAAUACCAAAUAGACGAGGUAUUCCUCUCAUUCAACGGUGGAAAAGACUGCACAGUGCUCUUAGAUUUAACUUUAAACGUUUUACGUGAUAUUUACAAAAGGGAUGACAUUGCCAGUGAAUUAAAAGUGGUGUAUAUUCGGACUAAUGGACCGUUCAGGGAAAUUGAGACCUUCGUGGAUGAGGUUAAGGAACAUUAUGGUGUGACACUGCUCGUGACCGAAGGUGAAAUGAAGAAUACGCUACAAAGACUGUUAGAUCAGGACGAGAGACUGAAGGCUGUUCUCAUGGGGACGCGGCGGACAGACCCGUACAGCGAGAAUUUACAGUUUAUGCAGAAAACAGACCCCAACUGGCCACAGGUAGUUCGUGUCUCUCCUCUACUGAAUUGGAGCUACCAUCACAUAUGGAGCUACACCCUACAGCGACGAGUGCCUUACUGCAGCUUAUAUGAUAGAGGCUACACAUCAAUCGGCAGCAUACACAACACAUGGCCCAACCCCGCACUAGCGACAAAAGACGACUGCGGCUGCAUCACGUACUUACCGGCGUGGCACUUAACCGACGCUUCUCUAGAACGGGCAGGACGUGGCACUGCACCUAAGGUACCCGUCAAUGGACACGCAACAUAUAGCAAUGGUAUUGAAAACAACCAUAUAAACGGAAUAGACAGUAAUCACAAAAGUAGCGAUCAUAUACAUCCGUCAUGCGUAUAA